AUGAGUAUCCAGAUACUCAUGCUGAUCACUCAUGAUAAUGAAUUUAGCACAGUAUCAAUUGCAUCAUGUGGAGGAGUUUCAUGGAAAGAGGUGAGGUGUUCAAGAAUUCUUUUUUCAGCUGUAGAUGCUGUGUGUCUUGAUUUUUUGGCUUGUGAGGUGCCUGGGAAGGGAGGUGCAUUGGAAGUGGAAGAGAGUGCAUUUUGUAUAUUUUCAUCAUCAUCAAUUAUCAUAGUGGUUGAAACAACUAUAACAAGAAUUCUGCAAAAAAAAGAAGAAAUACUUAAUACUGAAGUUACUAAUCCAGAUACCAAAAGACACAAAAAUCUAACAGUUCCUGAACUUGAACUUGCUCUUAAGGAAUUUAUUUUAAUUUAUCAAAACAGAGUAAUCUUAAGCGAUGCUAUUUUAAUUGAAAAAGCCAAGGAAAUAGCAAAUGGAUUGGGGGUACCAGAAGAAACAUUGGCUUUCUCUUCUGGAUGGCUCCAUAGGUUUAAAAAACGUAAUGGAAUUCAA